CUUUCCCAGCAAGCCCCGCGAGAGCGUCGGCUAUUGAUUGGCUGCGGCAGGAGCAGGCGGCUCGGCCAGCAGCGGUUACCCAGGGUUUCCGGUGCGAGGCCAGAGCGGGCGACGCUUUCGGGAGGUAGGCGGUGAGGAUCUGCUCCCAGCCUAGCUUUGCAAACCACAAUGAAGAACCAAGACAAAAAGAAUGGGGCUGCCAAGCAGUCGGGCAACACCUCCAACCCAAAAAGCAACCCGGGGCAAGCGGAAGCAGGACCAGAGGGAGGCCAGGGGCGGCCCAGCCAGCCGGCUCCUGCGACAGAAGCCGAAGGUUCCUCCAGCCAGGCUCCGGGGAAGACUGAGGGAGCACAAGCCAAAACUGCUCAGUCCGGGGCCCUCCGUGAUGUCUCUGAGGAGCUGAGCCGCCAGUUGGAAGACAUCCUGAGUACAUACUGUGUGGACAACAAUCAGGGGGGCCCAGGUGAGGAUGGGGCACAGGGUGAGCCUGCUGAACCGGAAGAUGCAGACAAGCCCCGGACUUAUGCUUCACGGAAUGGGGAGCCAGAGCCAGAGACCCCAGUAGUCAAUGGUGAGAAGGAGACCUCCAAGGGAGAGCCGGGCACAGAUGAGAUCCGGGCAAGUGACGAGGUCGGAGACCGAGAUCACCGAAGGCCGCAGGAGAAGAAGAAAGCCAAGGGUCUGGGGAAGGAGAUCACAUUGCUGAUGCAGACAUUGAACACGCUGAGCACCCCAGAGGAGAAGCUGGCAGCUCUGUGCAAGAAGUAUGCUGAACUGCUGGAGGAGCAUCGGAACUCCCAGAAGCAGAUGAAGCUGCUGCAGAAGAAGCAGAGCCAGCUGGUGCAGGAGAAGGACCACCUGCGCGGGGAGCACAGCAAGGCCGUGCUGGCCCGCAGCAAGCUGGAGAGCCUGUGCCGGGAGCUCCAGCGCCACAACCGCUCCCUCAAGGAAGAAGGUGUGCAGCGGGCCCGGGAGGAAGAGGAGAAGCGCAAAGAGGUGACCUCACACUUCCAAGUGACGCUGAAUGACAUUCAGCUGCAGAUGGAACAGCACAAUGAGCGCAACUCCAAGCUGCGCCAGGAGAACAUGGAGCUGGCGGAGAGGCUCAAGAAGCUGAUCGAGCAGUACGAGCUGCGGGAGGAGCAUAUCGACAAAGUCUUCAAACACAAGGACCUGCAGCAGCAGCUGGUGGACGCCAAGCUCCAGCAGGCGCAGGAGCUGCUGAAGGAGGCGGAGGAGAGGCACCAGCGGGAGAAGGAUUUUCUCCUCAAAGAGGCAGUGGAGUCCCAGAGGAUGUGUGAGCUGAUGAAGCAGCAGGAGACCCACCUGAAGCAGCAGCUUGCCCUUUACACAGAGAAGUUUGAGGAAUUCCAGAACACCCUUUCCAAAAGCAGUGAGGUGUUCACCACAUUCAAACAGGAGAUGGAAAAGAUGACUAAGAAGAUCAAGAAGCUGGAGAAAGAAACCACCAUGUACCGGUCCCGGUGGGAGAGCAGCAACAAGGCCCUGCUCGAGAUGGCUGAGGAGAAAACACUCCGGGACAAAGAGCUGGAGGGCCUACAGGUGAAAAUCCAGCGGCUGGAGAAACUCUGCCGGGCACUACAGACAGAGCGCAAUGACCUGAACAAAAGGGUACAGGACCUGAGUGCUGGUGGCCAGGGCUUCCUCCCUGACGGCGGCCCUGAGCGAAGACCAGAGGCCGCAAGUGCGUCCAGGGAGCAGGGUUGUGAGGGUCCUGGGGCCCAGUCACUGAGCUCCCUGAGGGUCGCAGAAGCUCCUUGCUGCCCUGGAGCAGCGAGCACAGAAACACCCGGUCAAGCGGGGCCCCAGGAGCCCACCUCCACCACCGCCUAGGGAACCUGGCACGGGGGGCGUGCUGGGAAGGGAGCGAGCAGCCCAGCCAGGCCUGGCCCAGGCAAGGCUCCCACCGCUAAGCAGUCCAGUGCUGAGGCCCAGGGUGCUCCGACCUGGCUGACAUCUGACACUUUGCAGUUUUGGAUUUUGUGGGUCAGUUCUACAUACACACGGCAUAUGUGCAAGGCCUCCUACAUUUCUAAGUGUAACAUGGGCUUGCACUGGAGGUGGGGGUGUGUACGGGUGAAGUCACUGGCACUUCUGUGAGCUGAAGAGUCUUAAAGAGGAGCUGCCGUCUGUAGCUGCUGUCACAGUGAGCUGGCAGGACAAGUGACUUGAGCAUUCCCCUGCCUGAUUUGAGGCUCAGACCCCCUCCCCCCCUCCUGCCCUUCAGGGCUUGUGACAGUGACACACUCAGGCCUUGACUGCGCUUCCCUCAUUAGCAGGGCUUGGGCGGCUCUGGCUCUCCUAGCUCCCCUGGGAGCUCCUUUGCUUCUCUUAACCCGGAGGAGGGGGUCCCUGGGCAGAGCCUGGGCAGGGCCCGCAGAGCUGGGGAUCCAACUGCUGUCCCACUUUGGACAGGGGACCUGGAGAAAGUUGCCGUGGGCUGGCACAUUGUUAGGGAGCCCUCGGGCGGUGCCAGGACCAGGCCAGCGAUGCUUCUCAGUAGCCUUAUCAUUCACAGGUGCCUCUCUAGCCCGCACGAAUGAUUGACGAGAGAUCACCCAAAGGAUGCUUUCUGAAGGUUUCUGUUUUGGGGGGUUGUUUUGUUUUGUUUUGCACAUGACAGUGUGUGUAUUGAUCUGAGGAAGGAGGGGGGUGCUGGUGCAGUUGCCCUCCAGUGCCCCCCACCCUCACUACCCCACCUGGUGUCUUUGCCACGUUGGUGCUGAGAUUUCCUGUUCGGUGAAAUGAGAUUGCGGAUAGGAGGAAGAGAAGGGCAUCUGAUGGUUUUGCCACAAGCUUGCCUGCGUGUUUCAGUCCUGGAAGGCCGCCGCUGACGCCCAUCACUGCCGUCUCCAUGCGGCAGUUGCUGGGCCCCGUGCCCAGCUGUCCCGUUGGCUUUUAGGAGUCUGUUUCUGCUUCUCACCCCACCCUUAAUGUGCAAUCCUUGAGGUUUGCCCUGGUUCCAUUGCCUGAGGACUAAGCUGAAGUAUGUCCUAGACAUUGCAUUCCUGUGUGGAGGCGCCCGGCUCGUCUGACAGCUGAGGGACAGAGAGAGACUUGACAAUUGACGAGCCUCAGAAAUCACAGAACGGCUGCAGAUAUUUGGGUCUGGUGCCCCCUCACCCCCAGUACCUGCUGCUCUGGACUGAAAGUUCUGCUGGUUGCACGCUUGCCACGGUAGUCACCAGGCUAUAGAGCAGUUUUCUGGAACAGCAGAACGAGGCAGGGGUUGGGAAGCUGGGCUCUGGUGGGCUUGAGCUGCUGCACCCACCCCCAGCCGGGCCUUGGCUUCAGUGUCACUGAGGGAGCCGUGGGCCAAGAGGCACGGGACGUGGAGCUUUUGUUUCUUGCUGGGUUUCCUUGAAGCUAGUUCAUUAUCCUGCCGGUCCCUUCCUUUCCAACAGCCAGCCCGCCUCCGUGCCUUUCCCUUUGAUCCCUCCCACAAACAGGUUUGUGAAGAGUGCGAAGUGCUCCUGAAACAUGUUACGACUUAGACCAGAGAUGGCAAAUGAAUGGCACACCCGUUUUCCUCUGCCCCCGUAGCAGGUACUACUGACUGGCCUCUGAGUGUUUCCCGCUAAUCCCUGGAUAUCUAGCUCACAGACCCCCAGCAGCCAGUACAAGUGUUGACACCUAUUUGCCAUCCCUGGCUGAGCUGCUGCUCUCCUGUGGAGAAGUGUUUCCUAAGACCUUUUCCCCUGGAAUGGUUGGAUCUGGAAUAGUCCCCGGAUCUGCCUUUUCCUUCCCCAAUAAGGCUUUCCUCCCCUCCCACCCCACCCCCCAGCCUGUGUGUCGGGCUGAGACACACAGGAACUGCCAACCCCAUACGGGGUUUGCCGGGCUCUGGAAGCACAGGGAAGAGGCAAGCUUCUGCUUGCCCGGUUUGAAGAGUGGGAGGCCUGCAGUAGCCCACGUGAUUGCCGUGCUUGCUUCAGCUACCUCGUAGAGCCCCCGUGGUUGAGGGGGAUGGCCGCGGGAGCCCACUGUGGAGUGGGGGGGUCACGGCCGUGUGCCUCAGCCAGCCCCAGAGACCGAGGCUAGUUGCUGUGGGGCUACGGUGAGCAAGGUGGCCCCAGCCAGGCUUCCCAGAUCCAAACUCCGGGCCCUGGGCGAGUAGAACCUUGGCGCUCCGCUCCAGCCAUGUCUAGAUAUCCAGGCCGGGCUACAGAUGAGUAUCCCGUCUACCCUUUCCGUCUUCUCCCCAUUGACCAAAUCACACUAAUCACUACAGCUGCUCUGCUUGUCAUGCUUUCCAAAGUCCGCCCAGCUACCUGGGUGCUGCCCUCGCCGUCCAGGAGCCUGGGCCAGGUGCGGGGAAGGUGGCCUGUCGGAUGAAGGCCACCGCCUUCCUCAGCGGGGCAGGUCCUGUGCACAUGACCUCAGUUUUAGGACCAAGAGCUGUGUUGGGUGCUUAGAUUGCUAGCAUUUCCUCCAGGGGACCGUUGCCGGAGAGGCUCGCCGCCCAGAGCCCUUGGCCCUGCAGACAGUACUCUGUGUUCGGACCACGUCCGGCUGACAGCCUCGCGCACGCCAGUCUUGAGAGGUAUCGGCAGCACUUUGUUUUAAUUUGUUUUCCAUGAGGUUUUUGGACCAUGGGCUGAGCUCAGGCACUUUCUGUAAGAGAAUGUUCUGUCUGUAAAGAUGGUUCUUUCCACUCCUCUGCUGCCAUGGCGGUGGCUCUGCUGAGGGCUGAGGAGAGGCCGGUGGACCUGCGCCCGCGGCUGCGGGGGAGGCCGAAGCCUGCUGAGCUGACUGCAGCGGCUGCUCCGGCCCUCCCUCCGGAACAGCACGGAGGCGGUCACCCCGGGGACAGCCGGGCACCUGCCUGGGGGAGGGGUGCUGCCUUCUGUCCCUCUAACUGCUUCCCAUAUGGCCCGACCUGGCUGCCCAGAUUUGUUGUAAAGCUGUGCUGACAGCCCUUUUUUGUCUCCUUUUGGUAUUCACAACAGCCAGGGACUUGAUUUUGAUGUAUUUUAAACCACAUUAAAUAAAGAGUCUGUUGCCUUA